AUGACGAAGACGUCGACCAAUACGCUUCUCUUGCUGCGUCUGUACCGAGAAUUCUUCAACUUCGAAGGCUCGAAGCGCUCGCAGGCGGCGACGCUCCGUGCCGACACGAGGGCCGCAGAGGAGGCCAAGGUGCUGGCAGCAGGUCAGAAAGCUGUGGCCCAUUCGGAAAGACAACGCGCCGAGUCCCAAUACAAAAAAUCUGCUGGACGCCGGUGGUUCAACUUCGAGUCGGAGGAGAUUACGGACGACGCGCGCCGCGACUUCGCCUUGCUGCGUAUGCGUAACUACCUGGACCCAAAGAAAUUCUACAAGAGCUCGGACCACUCGCGUGCGCUGCCCAAACACUUCCAGAUGGGCGUGGUGAUCGAGGGCGCGCACGAGUUCCACUCCGCUCGCCUCACGAAGAAGCAGCGCCGCAAAACCUUCACGGACGAGAUCAUGGCGGACGAGGCCAUCGUGCAGUACACGCACCGCGUGGCCGGCAACAUCCAGAAGGCGCGCAGUAAUCAGAGCCGCAAGAAGAGACGACGCAACUAG